UAAAAUACACGCGAACGACGUCGAAUAGACACAUGGAAAUUCCGUGAUUUCGACGCUUACGACUUGUUGUCACUUUUCGCAAAGCACUCGAAAGUUGUUUCAAAGCUCAGGAGAUUCGUUGAAAGGAAACGAAAGACAGAACUUUGGACGAACCUUUUGUGGAACUGCACUCCAUCGUCGAACGGAGACGUAAAAUACGCUUCGAGAAAAAUGGCGGAGAAAUCGUCACGUCGUGUGGCCCAAACGGAGGAUUUAUCGAACGUCGAGUUUGAAACCAGCGAAGAUGUCGAGGUUAUUCCUACGUUCGAUAACAUGGGUCUUCGCGACGAAUUAUUACGCGGCAUCUACGCAUACGGGUUUGAGAAGCCAUCUGCUAUUCAACAACGAUCCAUUAAACCUAUUAUGAAGGGCAGAGAUGUGAUAGCGCAAGCACAAUCUGGUACAGGAAAAACCGCUACUUUCUCGGUUGCAAUAUUGCAAUCAUUGGACACACAAGUACGAGAAACUCAAGUUCUGGUCUUGUCUCCUACUCGAGAACUUGCGACUCAAAUUCAAAAAGUCAUCCUUGCGUUAGGAGACUUUAUGAAUGUGCAAUGUCACGCUUGUAUCGGUGGUACAAAUCUUGGAGAAGAUAUCAGAAAACUGGAUUAUGGUCAACAUGUUGUAUCUGGCACACCUGGUAGAGUAUUUGAUAUGAUCAAAAGGCGGGUAUUGAGAACUAGAGCUAUCAAAAUGUUAGUGCUGGAUGAAUCCGACGAGAUGUUGAACAAAGGUUUCAAAGAACAAAUUUAUGACGUAUAUCGAUAUCUACCACCGGCGACACAAGUGGUUUUAGUUUCAGCCACUUUGCCACACGAAAUUCUUGAAAUGACCAGUAAAUUUAUGACUGAUCCUAUUCGUAUUCUUGUCAAACGUGAUGAAUUGACAUUGGAAGGAAUUAAACAAUUCUUUGUCGCUGUAGAACGCGAAGAGUGGAAAUUUGACACACUUUGUGACUUGUAUGACACAUUAACGAUAACACAAGCAGUUAUCUUUUGUAACACUAAGCGUAAAGUAGAUUGGUUGACGGAAAAGAUGCGAGAAGCUAACUUUACAGUGUGUUCUAUGCACGGAGAUAUGCCCCAAAAGGAACGAGAUAACAUAAUGAAAGAAUUUCGAUCUGGUCAGAGUCGCGUGUUAAUUACGACGGAUGUCUGGGCGAGAGGUAUCGACGUUCAGCAAGUGUCACUCGUAAUUAAUUACGAUUUACCUAACAAUCGUGAAUUAUACAUUCAUAGAAUAGGACGAUCAGGACGUUUCGGUCGUAAGGGUGUUUCGAUAAACUUUGUAAAAACUGACGAUAUCAGGAUUCUUCGAGAUAUCGAGCAGUAUUACUCUACACAAAUAGACGAAAUGCCGAUGAACGUUGCCGACCUGAUAUAAAAGAGCUAAGCUUAUAUAAUAUGUUUAACUUCUUCACACAAUAAAACAACAAUUUCUUUAACUUUAUGAAUAUCAUUUAGCUAUACACUUUUCACGUAUAGAUUACUUAUUCAGAAAAUAAAAUUCUAAUUCUAUCUGAAAAUAUAACAUGGCAACAAAAAACUUUAGUUGAGAACUCUAACGAAUAUCAUACGGUUUUAAGAUCAUUUUAGUUGGUAAUAUUAAUACUUUAUUGUUCUCUCCCUCUUUUAUAAAAAUAAUAUUAAUAUAAUAUUAUUCACACAUGAUAGCUAAGUUGCUCAGUGAAUAGAGAUUACAUGAUGAUUAGUAGGUUUGAGUAUUUUAUAUGUGGAUAAGACAUGUUGGUCUUGAAUUUAAUUCUGAUCAGUUAUCUUAUAUUUUUUUGAUUAAGAGAAUUUACUCAUUUAUAACACAAUAUAUUUUCGAAUCUAAAUGUCAAGUGGAAAUUUAUUCAUUUCACAGCUUUCAAUAAUAAAAUUAUAUGAAUUUAAA